AUGUUCACUCCAAAAAUGCUUAGCUUCAUUUCCCCAAAGCUAGUUCCUUCGUAUAUUCCCGCAUUUAGAAGUGCAAUCCUUAAAAACGAAUUUAGAAGCGUUUUCGCUUCUCGGUUUGGAGCUUCAUUUAGAGAAUAUAAUGAACGAACGUGGAAUUUACUUAAUUAUGUAGCCAAAAAGUACACAAAAGAGCAUGAAUGGAUUCAUGUUGAAAAGGACUUAGGAACUGUUGGUAUCACGCAUUAUGCGCAAAAUUCGCUUGGUGAUGUCGUUUAUGUUGAAGUACCUGAAAUUGGUACCGUUGUUGAACAGUCUGAAAGUGUUAAAGCGGCCAGCGAUAUUUACGCUCCCGUAAGUGGAGAAAUUGUUGAAGUUAAUAAAAAAUUAGAAAAGUCUCCUGGGUUAAUAAACGAAAGUCCUGAAGCUGAUGGUAUUUAA